AGUCGAGGCAAACACCGGCUGGAUCUCUGGACAGGCGAUGCACGACACACACACACACACCGACACACACCGAGACAACCUGCGGGGUGGACAUAAUCCGGGGGACCUCCACACAUCAAGUCCUAUUCACCCGACCAGUGCAUUAUACCUGUGUGUUUUGGAGCCGGUAUUUGUCAGAACCACCAAGUGACAGAUCCACGGACGGUGUCGCUGCAGGUUUCAGGACAAUGACUCUGGAGGAUGAGCUGACGAAAGCCGCAGCGACCGGGAACACGGCAACUGUGGAGGAUCUGCUGCGGGCAGGAGCGCAGGUUAACGGGGUGAACAGCUUGGGACACACCGCUCUGCAGGUGAUGAUGAUGGGCAGCUCCUCGGUGGCUCAGCUGCUGCUGCGGCACGGAGCGGACCCGGCGGUGAGGGACCGGAGCACCGGGAGCUCACCGCUGCACGACGCGGCCCGGACCGGGUUUGUGGACACGGUGCGGCUGCUGGUGAAGAACCGGGCUGACCCGCAGGCCCGGGACAAUAAAGACAACCGACCCGUCGACCUGGCCCGGCAGCACGGACACACGGAGGUGGAGGGUUAUCUACAGUCUCUACCGGACACCGAGUGACGCUGGACGUUAAUGAAGGGAUACCGGGGCCUGGAGGGCCUUCUGUCUGAAACAUAUAGGAUGUUUUGCUGUAAAACGUUUUUUUUGUAUUUAUUUAUCGGAUGUUUUGUAGGUAUUGUAUUUUUAACGAAAUCUUUGUCAAUAUGGGGCUGUCAUGACAAAUCAGUAAAAUAUGGUUAUUGGCCAUAAUAUCUAAUAAUAGCUACACAAAUUGGUUCAGAUUUAUUCUGCGUUGUAUAAUAGAAAUAUUCCGAAUAUAUAACUGUAUAAGGUGAACAGUCUUCCUAUAAUAUUCGUUCAUGACAUUGUAUUUUUAAAUUAAGAUUAGUGUUGAUUUUCGUCUAAAACGAUAUGAGAUCAUUUGAAUAUAUGUCGACUAUUUAACCAAAGCCAUUCAAAAUGUUUUGCACACCCAACAUUAGUGUAACUAAAGCACUAUUAUGUUUGUUCUGCAGACUCGGAGUGUCACUUCCUGUUUUUACAAAUGAUAUGCAGACCUCGCAUUGUAUGCACUUUAAUAAAAUGUAAUUUUAAGUGUGUUAAUGGUGCAGAUUAGAAGCAGCACUAAUAUGGUAAUGUCUCUUGUCUAAAGGAUGGAUUACAACAACAACAAAAGGUACAAAAUAAUAAAUAACCACAAAAAAGCGAUUAUUAUAUUUUUAUUAUUCAGUUUCAAAUUGUUUGAAAGUUCCACAUUAGCUAGCUGACUUUCCUUAGAUUUUAUUCUUCUUAACAUAGUUUUAGGAAUAUUGUCAGAGGGAUCAUAGCGAAGGCUUUUCCUGACACUGCUUGGUAAAUAUUAGGCUCAUGAUUGUUUGUCCUCAGGUGAUCUCACAGUUUAACUUGCUAAAAACAUCACAGAUGGGAGUUCAUUAAUGUAUCUUUAAUGGAAAGUUUAAGGCGAUUUUUUUAAUUCAGACGUGAUGAUUACCAGAAGAUAGUCAACUUAAAGCACCUUGGACUUCUGUAAUAACGUCUACAAUGAUUUCCUAAUAAAAUAUAGUUGCCCACCCAAU